AUGUGGUUGCAUCUUGGCAACUGCCGCGUUAUGGGUGCAGGCCAAACUAACUUGGAAGCAGCCACCUGGCGGGCGAUACCCGUCAAAGGAAGGAUAGCAGGUGCGAAUCGUCAAACACCAUCAUCUUUCUCCCACACGAUGUAUCCCUACGAUCGCCACGAUCCCGACCGUCUGGCCGCUUGCGCCUCCCAAGCACAGGAAAAAAUCGAUAGUUUUGCACGCCAAUACCUCGAGUUGCAUCCGAACUCGGAGAAGCUGUCACCGCGUUCAUUCGAAUUGAUCUUAUCCAGCUUCAUGGACCGAGUUAACCGAGACUGGGACGGGAGAAUGGGCCGUGUUCCUACUCUUGACUACCACAACCCAUUAGCAACGUCUGCCGUUAUUGGUGUCUUUUCUCAGAAGCAUCCGGAUGAGGAUCUGCGCGGUAAAAAGGCUCGACUCGGGGUUCAGGCCUUUGACCCUCAGCGACACAGAAUUUACUGGGCGUACAUGAAUGAGCAGGGCACAUACCAACCGCAAUCAACUGUCGAAUUUGGUUUUGGCCAUACCUUGGAAACAGCGCGCAAAGCCGCUGCGGAAGCCUAUGACAAGGCCGAACACGAAGCAGUCCGGCAACAUAACAUCAAUCUGCUCAUUUAUAUGGCCAGACGAGAGUUGCUGGUCGCCAAGGGCAGACGUAUGCCAAUGGACUAUGGCUCCCCGCUUGUGACGGAGAUUAAUGUAUCGUGGAUGCUCUCGUUGGGUCGGGACUUUUUGACACACAUCACGGCACAUUCCACUGAUUACAGUAUAGACAAUUGGUUUUGA